CUCGAGUCUCAGGCGAGGCUGCACACUGCCGGCCGCAUUAUUGCUCGACGUAGUUACGCAAAGUACGUCUCGAGCAGGGCAAACACUUCGCACAACCAACACUGUCGGGCGCCAACCUCGAAAACUGCGCGAGCAUUGCUGCAAAACACCAGAGAGCACUGCCACUCAAAAAUGGGCAAGCUCGACGUCCAGGUCAUGCGCCACCUGUCGAAGGACGAUUACAGAGUGCUGACGGCCGUGGAAUUGGGCAUGCGCAAUCACCACGCCGUGCCCGUGCCAUUAAUUAUCAGCAUCGCGGGCCUGCGCCACGGCGGCGCGGCCAAGUUCCUGGCCACUCUACUAAGAUUCAAGCUCGUGUACCACGACAACAACAAGUACGAUGGGUAUAGAUUGACGUGGUUCGGCUACGACGUGCUCGCAUUGCGAGCUUUCGUGGCGCGCGGCGCGGUGGAUAGCGUGGGACGGAAGAUCGGCGAGGGCAAGGAGAGCGACGUGUACGAAGGUUGUCGGGCGUCGGACGACCGGAGGGUGAUCAUCAAGUUCCAUCGACUGGGCAAGACGUCGUUCAAGGCCGUGAAAGACAAGCGCGACUAUUUGGAGGGAAGGAAGACCGCGGGCAAUUGGUUGAACAUGAGCCGCCUCGCCGCCAAACGCGAGUGGGACUUCAUGUGUUGUUUGCAUGAGGAUAAAAGCAUAAAAGUGCCCGAGCCGCUGGACCAGAAUCGCCACGCGGUCGUCAUGGGCCUCGCUGAAGGGUUACCAUUGUAUCAGCUGGGGGCUCCCGGGUGUUUAGCUGAUCCUGAAAAGGUGUUGGAGUCUACUGUCACCAUUGCCCGACAGUUAGCUGCAAGAGGAUUGGUGCACUGCGACCUCAACGAAUUUAACUUGAUUGUCGAGCAGAACACGUCGGCGGUGACACUCAUAGACUUCCCGCAGAUGAUCUCCACAAAACACCCGAACGCGGCCAUGUACUUCGCGCGGGACGUUCGCGGGUUGGUCAAGUUCUUCACGAUGAAACUGAAAUUUGAUGUGGAUGAAGAGGGUUUAUUUGAUUUUGACGGGGCGUGUGCCUCGGAGGCGGUGACCCGUUUGGAUACGGCGUGCCGCGCCUCGGGCUUUGACGGCUGCGCGCCGGACAAGCGCGAGGGGCGGUCGCGCCCUGUCAAAGCUGUUACGGAGGAGGAAGAAGAUGAUAAUGAGAGCGACGACGAUGGAGUGGAGGCGCUGCGCGCGGAGUUCCUGGCGCGCGCGCGCGUCGACGCGCCCGCGGCCGACGCGUCGCCGCCGCCGCCCAUUGCUUAUGAGGCCGAUGCAGCGCCGCCACCCGAAGUCUGCGCCCAGAAGCUGCGCCGCGAGCGGGACAAGCAGCUGACGCGGCGCGCGCGCCACAACGGCUCGCGCAACUUCGCGAAGACGCGGUCGAGCCACGGCAAGAUCAAGCACAAGGAGAAGCUCGACCAGGAGUACUAAUGUUGUUAGAG